CAGGAUAAUCCAUGGGGAAGGAGCAGAGUUCACAGGAUGCCGUGUGGCCUGGCGUUUAUACAGGAGCCCUUCUCUCCUCCUUCCCAGCGAGGACCAGACACCCCUGAUUGCAGAAAUGUGCUCCCUCCCCAUGGCAAGAUACUACACAAUGAAAGAUGCAGAUCAGAAGGCUCUGUACGUGAGAGACGGCCAGCUCCUGGUGGGAGAUCCUGUUGCAGACAACUGCUGUGCAGAGAAGAUCUGUGUACUUCCAAACAGAAGCCUGGACCGCACUAAGGUCCCCAUCCUCCUGGGGAUCCAGGGAGGGAGUCGCUGCCUGGCAUGUGUGGAGACGGGAGAGGGGCCUUCCCUGCAGCUGGAGGACGUGAACAUUGAGGACCUCUACAAGGGUGGCGAGGAGACCACACGCUUCACCUUCUUCCAGAGCAGCUCGGGCUCCGCCUUCAGGCUUGAGGCAGCUGCCUGGCCUGGCUGGUUCCUCUGUGGUCCAGCUGAGCCCCAGCAGCCAGUACGGCUUGCCAAGGAGAGUGAGCCCUCGGCCUGCACCAAGUUCUACUUUGAACAGAGCCGAUAGGGAGGCAGGAGGCUGAGUUCCAGCCUGGUGCCCCCAAACCAAGUUAUUCCUGCUCAGGGUCUGUGAUAGGCAGAAUUAUGGCCCCAAAAGAUGUCCACAGCCAAAUCCCUGGAGCCUGUGCAUAUGUUACCUCAUGUGGGAAAAGAGGCUUUGCCAAUGUGACUAUAGUAGGGAUCUUGGGAUGGGGAGGCCAUCUGGGCAUACGCUGAAUUUAAGGUGGGCCCAGUGUAAUCACAAGGGUCUCAUGAGAGGGUGGCAAGAGGGGACACUCAGAGAGGGGGUUGAAGAUGCUAAACCAGGGGCCCUGAGCCGACAAAUGCAGGUGGGUUCUAGAAGCUGGAAAGGCAAGGGCAUGGAUUCUGUUCUAAAGGCUCCAGAAGGAGCACAGCCCUGCUGACACCUGGAUUUUAGUCCACUGACACCCAUUUCAGACU